AUGGGCUUCGUCAAGGAAAAGGGAAAGGAAAAGUCGCCUCCGUACGAGGAGGUCGCGCCCGUCCUUCCUGAGCUCUCCGACCAGCUGUGCUUCACAGAGACGGACGGCGUCAUCACCACCACCAUGAUGGAUCUUCCCGGCUAUCGGGUCGUCAAAGUCCUAGGAACCGUCUUUGGAAUCUCCGUCCGCAGCCGCAACAUCGCCGCCAGUUUGGGUAUGGUGCUCAAGAGCUUCGCCGGCGGCGAGCUUGGCUGGUUCACCAACAUGCUCUACUCCUGCCGCAACGACUCCAUGACCCGCGUCGUCGAGGAGUGCAAGCGACGUGGCGGCAAUGCCAUCAUCACUCUGCGCUUCGAUGCCGGCGAUAUGGGCGGCUUUGCCCAGACGGCCGCCUAUGGAACGGCGUGCAUCGUGGAGAAGGUGGAUGACGCAGUCGCGACACCGACGCAGCUGGAGAAGGCAACGUAG